GUCCAUUAUCAAUAAGCAAUACCUGGUUUACGUGAUGCUUGGUCCUUUAAGCUUUUCGAGAUCGUUCUCGUCCACAUCUGCUGUUGGUAAAACAUACGCUCAUGUUGUGAGUCGUAGAGUAGCACGCAGACAAGAGUACAAUGUUGGCGACGAGAAGCCAAAGCACAUUCCAAACAGACAAUUAACACCAGACUACAAAUGGGGUGAAUCCAGCUUCUUUGCCAGAAGCAAUCGUGGACUGUUUGGUGGUUCCUUUAUCAAAUCUGGUAACCAAAUCUCAGAGAUGGGAAACAAGAGUAGAAGAUUUUGGAGACCGAAUGCCCACAAGAAGACGCUGUGGAGUGAGGUACUCAACAGAGGAAUCACUUGUCAAGUAACUGCUAAGGUUCUCAAGACAAUUGAUAAGUCGGGUGGUCUUGACAACUACUUAAUCAAGGAGAAAUCUGCCAGAGUCAAAGAACUAGGGCCAUUUGGAUGGAAACUCCGUUUUGAAGUUCUCAAAAAACUAGAACAGAACUCAAAACCUGCUGAUUCUCAAAAGUGUACUCUGAAAGACGGCUCUGAAGGUACUAUCUACUUCUCUGGUGUCAAAGUUGACGGUAUUGAUGGCCCAUUGGAUAUUACUCUUGGUAGAAGAAAACUGCUAAACGAGCUUUACGUAGCUGAGAAGAGAGAAAGACAAGCACUUGGGGAAAAGCUCAACGGUAAGCAAUUCCAUGAUGAGUUUAGAGAACUGAGUGCACAGGAGAUCUGCCAAAAACUUGCUUCCUACGGCUAUGACUUCACCAGCAUCACCCCUGCACAGGUCUAAUCAUUCCGUUGAAAUGAUACCUCGGGACUCCAAAGUAUUCGUGUAUAUAGAAACAUGUUCAUAACAGUACGAUGCAUAUGAUAAAGAACAAGACGG